GAUAUACGUCAGUGGGGAACGUUUGUUUCCGGGGUCGUGCGUCUUAUGUCUUUGGUCGCUUAGCAACGGAGGACGCCACGCAAAGAGUAUGGCAGCGGGUCGAGCGGUAGAAGCGGAGGAUUACCUCCAGGCAAACAAGAUAAUGGAGCUGGUGAACAACUUAACGAGUCUCCUCCUGUAUCACCGGCCUGACAGACCCAGGGAAUUCCUUAUAACGCAGCUCGAAAAACUGAAGCUUGCCCGACUGGCAGAUGUGGAAUACCCCUGCCUUUUUGAUGAGUCUAAUGUGGAUGCUGUCUUUGGGAUUCUGGACCCUUCAGGCCAAGGCUAUAUCACAGGAACUCAGUACAUUGAGGCUUUGAAAACCCUGGGUGUGGAUGUUAGCAACUUACCCGAUCCUCCAGAGAAAAUCACACAGGAAGUCUUCAAACAUGAUAUGAGGACUUAUCUGAAAAAAUCUUCAGCAACAUUUAAGACCUAGCUCCACGGCUGUCAAUCAUUGCUGUAGUUAUAUUUUUUUUAAUGACUCUUGUUACAUUGUCCCAUGUAACCAUAAAAUCACUUUAAUGUAAAGUGUGUCAACUUAAGGAUGGUUUUCCACAAUAUUCUGCAAUGUUGUACUGAGAACCCCAUGUUUUUAAGUAUGCUGUUAGAUUUUGUAUUGAUUUGUACUACAGACUGUGUGGUCAUCAUGUCAUAAAUUCAAUUGCUGCUAAGUUUUAUUGUCUAAUGCAUAAAUAUAGGAGACAGAAGAUGUGCCAAAUUUAUGACAGUGGUGCAAACUGUAUGACAGAUUUGGCACAUCUGGACAGACAUGUCAGAUACUUUUUUUUUUUUUUUUAACCUUACACCACCUAUUGGUUGGCUUCCUUUAGAAGAGUAUUUGGCACUAAAAUUGUGGUGUAAGUGAUUAAUAGAUUUGCUUUAUUUUAGGACUGCAGCUAUAUAUAUAUAUAUAUUUUUUUUUUUUUUCUAGACACUUUUCAAAAGUAUAUAUUAAAGCACAAAAAGUGCUUAAAACAAGUAAUAAGUCAGGGCACAAAUUGUGCCAGAAUUAUGGUCCUUUGCUGUAGUAAAUCUGCCGCCAUGUCUGUACCCUCUUCAUGUAUAGUAAGACAUAGAGGUCGCAAUGACGCUUGUACAAGAGUCAUUGAUGCCUGUUCAGGCCAUUUUACUCCCUGGAAAAAGUCUAAGGAGUACCAAUAAAUUCCCCUACAUUCAGCAGUGGGCCUGCAAUAACCAAUAGCAAAGCUCCUUACAGCACGGAGCUUUGCUAUU